AUGACUACCACAAUUACCUUUGUCUCCUCGAGAGCUGCAUUUGCACUUGGUGCCUUGAAUGUCGAAACAUCCAAAGCUAUGGAUGUUGUUUCUGAUCCCAGGAUUGGCCCAAUGCGCCUUCUUUGGUGGCAAGAUGCAUUAGACAGAAUUCAUGCAGAUAAGUUGAUUGAACAUCCUAUUGCUCUAUCUCUUUCAUCCAUUGUAUCAGAGCAUAAAUUAAGCAAGGCCUGGCUGAAAAGAUCUAAAAGAUGCAAAAAGGGAACCCCCUUCUCAUAUUGGUUAAGCUGCUGGCCUGUCCUUGUUGCUGAGGUCUCUACCAUACCAUGCCCGCCUCGCCCCGCCCCGCCCCGCCCCGCCCCGCCCCGCCCAAUAACCAAGCCUAGUCGCCAGCGACUGUUUGGCUAUAUCCCUUCCGAAGUUGCAUCCAAACACGGGCUGAUGAUUGAGGAUGGGGUUCAGACUGGAAUCACUGUGGACUUCCGUGAAGGGCUAUGUAAUGCGGUCUUUGAGAUGGCUUCAGUGGCAAAUUCCCAUCUUGGAAAGGCACGGCAAUUGGCUAAAACAGUUCCUGCUAAAGCUAUUCCGGUGCUCCUUCCUGCUGUUCCAACUCAGGUCCUGUUACACUCUUUGUGCCGGGUGCAUUUUGAUGUUUUUGAUCCUACGUUGCAACGAAGUGUUUUGGGCAUUCCUCCACUAUGGUUUCAGGAUAGAGGUGACCAGUUGAGUCAGUUGACCAAGCCAAGCAGGCUAGUAGGUGAGUUGCAUGGCCGGAUGAUAUAG